AAAAGAACAAACAAUGACCACCUCUCUGUAUCACGAGAACGAAAUGUGGCAAACCCAGCUUACCAAAUGUUUGAGGGUCUACAGUUACAGCGGUCUUGCAUGGAAAAUCCGGGGGAUGGUCUGGCUAACUGGUUUGUAAUCAAACACACCAGAGAUGAAGCGCUGUCGAGCGAUUUGCUUUCUAAAUACAGUUUUAAGGCUGCGGAUGCAACACAGGUAGGAAUUAUGUAAAGAAAACACUGAAAUCAAUCGGACAAUAUAUCCUGCGCGGAGGUCCAAUGAAAGUGAGAAGAAUGAGAAAAGCGCCAUUUUUCUCCCUGUUGAGGCCCGCAGUUUAAGGCUUCUCACGUUCACUGAAUUGUACAAAGAGCCACCGGUCAUUGUACUUCCCUCUCUCCGUCUAAAUUCUAGUUCUUAGCAUGUUCCAGGCGUUCAGUUAGUGCAGUCUCUGUAGCAUGAGUUAGUCAGAGAGAGGGACAAAAUAAGGAGAAAGACCUCCUCCAACCCCGGGUUAGCGCUGGGCCCAGAAAAUCCCCUAUGGGCGAAAAUUAAGUAGUUUUGGAGUACAAUUUUUCUGAACUUCAAAUCUAGAAGACGUGUGUUCCAAAUGUUCCUCUUCUUCUUUUUUGCAGAAUAAUUCAACACCCAUAGGAUUGCGCUCUUCACAGUGAGUAAAAAGAAAAACAUAUAUAAAAAAACCGUGGCAUGGUCCUAUAGUAAUAGGUUAAAGAAAAUUCGAAGGAUUAUUCUAAAUAUUUCACCUUUUUUACUGGGCGCGUUGAAUAUUUGUUAUGUAUUCUCAAAUACUCUUGAAAAAACGAAUAUCAUUUUCGUAAAGCGAGCAAAAGAACAUUUCAGUUUCUCUACCAUUCAACUGGAUUCAAGUUGUAACAAAAUGGCCUUACGAAUAUUCUGUGAACUCGUUUUCCCAAUCAAUCAAACACACACGCCAGUUCUUUCGAUUAUAAAAUUUUCUUUGGUGUAAAAGUUAAGCGAAAAAGUCACGACGUUUCGACCUCCUCUAGGUAAACAAUCAAAAAUACCACAGACCCCUAAAAUUUUUACUUUUAAUGGCGACGUAUUUAGUAUUCAUACUCCUAGCUUAUUUUGUCCCAAAGUCACGAGGGAAACAAAAAUCAGCUAAUGAUGUUUAGCACUAAAAAAAUAUGGAAAGUAACAAUCUUCAGGCUGGGGAUGGAAAACGGGUUUUGGUUCGAAAAAAACGAGACUCCACCUUAUUGCAAAUCCUCACUAUGUUGUAUUAUUUCUGUUUCAGAUUCAUCUGUUCAUUUUGUUGCCGAAUUCCUGCAUUGUAGUGUCAAGAGUGGGCUUAGUCUCCAGCCUUGGGAGUCUUCAGCCGUGGGUCUCUCGAUGGGGUGUGAGCCUACAUCAAGAGGUGCUCUCUACGACUGUUUUUCUUGAUUCAAAACUAUUUUCUUUUUCACCGCAUUUAUUAUAAAAUGAAGUCGAGGAGGAGCUGGAGACGUUGAUUCUCCAAUCAAAAUGUACCGAUAUGCAUUUAAAACGAUUUCUUGGAAUAUCGAAACACACUCGGAACUACUUCUUUCGUAUAUUAGCUGCCUUGUCAGAUGUGUAAUUUAUGACAGCUGAGGAAAUUUUUUAUUGUAGAGUUUUAAUAGGUAAAAAGAAAUAAUUCUUAGUAAGUAAAAAUCAAACAGUUGUAAAUAGUUUUGUAAAUCAAUUGUAAAGUGUACACAGGAGAGUCAUAUUUUGUAAAAUUCAUUGCGAAAUGAAAAAGGUUUCGUAAUAGUUCACGAGAAUUUCUCUUGCUUUUUGUAACUGGUGACAGAAAACCACCCAACUUGGCUACCUGUGGGAUGUACAGGUUAUUAAAGCAAUUUUAAAAGUAUUCUGUACUAAUACCUCCCAUAAAUUCACUUUGGGAACCGUUUCGGUACAGUUUGCGUUUUCGAACUCUUUUUAUUUAAAACGUCAUUCUAUCCUUAAACAGAGUAAAACUCGACUACCGUAGGCUUAUCUCGUUUUCGCUUGCCGCUGGCACUGAAAGCAUCCCGCACCCCGGUGAACCACGUUUACUGAAUCAUUAUCAGUGUGGCUAAUCGUAAUGUAGCAAGACAAUGCAAGCUUAAUCAAUAUAUGAAGCAUUUAUUUCAUACCUUGUUCCCAAACAAUUUUUUUCUUGCAGAAUCAAAGCGGUAAAGCAGAGCUUCAUCUUAAUUUCCCACUUUCAGAACCAGCCAUACAAUAACUUCCAAAUAUAAACAAGUCAAGGAUUUUUUCACUUCAAGCGGAGAAGGAAGUAAGAUGAAGCCCUGUUAACUAUAAGUCCUGCCGUGUAACUUUUGUUAGUACAAUUAUCGCUGUUAUCCCAAAUCAGUUUAAAAAUGUCUGAAUAAAUUAACCUUAAUCGUGUAGUUAUUUAUAUGUUAUUCUUUUUAAUAUUAUUAUUUGAGCUGGUUUUGCGAGCGGGCCAUUUUUUAGUGAUAAUUGGUAAUGCUAGUUGAUAGUAAUGGUAAUGCUUAGUCUGCCUCUUUUCUAUUGUAACAGGUGAUAAGACGUAUCACGGGCUCAUUGCAUGUGCCUUCAACUUCUUCAGGCAAUAAACCAGCUUAUCGACCGUGCAGUGACGAAUAAUGCAAUUCAGUCUACUGGAACUGUGGUUUUGCCUGCGUGCAUACGUCUCCUAUUUCCUCUCUUGCACGCUGAAAAGAUUCGGACCUUUUCCGCGUGCAACAAAGGAAAUAGGAGACGUCUGCGAGCAAGCAAACUGUGCGGAUUUUCUUUAUAAGGCGGGUACUCUUAGCUUGUUUAUCACAUAUCAGAAUAUAUAAUGGACUAAUCAUAGUCGGACGUUCAUGUAAACGUUUCAUUUCACCAAUAGACCUUCGAGAACAGAAGUUUGAACCUACUUUACGUAAGUCAAUUUCUCGGACUGCAACAUUCCGUAGAUUUGAAAGAGACGAAAUCAGAUUUAUCAGCUAUCUGCAGGUUCCUGAUCAUUUCUGAGGUAUGUAAAAUGUAAAAUGAGAGUACUGAGGAGGGAAGAAUGAGAAAAUAGAGACGAAGCCAGAGCCAAAAGUUUGAAAAUAUACGGAUGACGAGAGCUUGGAUGUCAUGAGUAAUUGCAACAAUUAACGCAGGUUAAUUUGUUUUAACUUGUAAUAGUUGUUGACAGCUCGUUGUGUGAGUAAGGUAGAAUUCGUCUAUCAGUACUAGACCUUUUUCUUAAAAACACCUUCAUUGUAGAUAUCUUUAUUAACUUAAGAUUUUGAUUUUGAUAUUGCAAUUCAAUGCAAUUCAGUCUGCUGGAACUGAGGUUUUGCCUGCGUGCAGACGUCUCCUAUUUCCUUUGUUGCAUGCGGAAAAGAUACGGACCUUUUCAGCGUGCAACAAAAGAAAUAGGGGACGUCCCCGAGCAGGCAAACUGUGGUUGGUUAUAAUAUACAGAUUUAGCCAGGGCUAAAAGCGAAGCUCUGGUUAAUAGUACGGGUAAACAACAACAACAAAAAAAUCGUGUAAUGCUAAACGGGGACGACAAUGAAAAUGGCUUCAAGACUAAUCGAUCUAAUAAUAUUAACAAAAAACCAAAUUCCUCUUGCAGCACACUUUUACUUCUAAUUAGCAAAAAACAAAUUUGCACGUGCAGCACGCUUUUUUGUCUUUCCCUUGCCGUUGUUUUGCACGACUACAACGCUGUUUGUACGACUAAAACGUCAAACUUCCUAGUUGCACAUUAUUUGACGGAAGAAUCGUCGUAUGUGCUUACCCAUGCAAAAUUUUGUUUCCUGUGUUCAUGUUCGCUUUUAUUUUUCACUGCCGCUGAUUUUCACCUUGCUGGCCGCUAGCAUUUCUCAUUUUCUCACCGCCGCUUUGAAUUUCCAUGUUUUUCUUCCUACGAAAUUUGUCUCCUUUGUUUUCAGUAACUCUCUCUCUCUUUCGAACCCUAAAGCUUAAAAGACAAAUGAAAAUUGGUUCGGAAAGUGGGUGUUCGAAAAAUCGACGGUGACAGUGAGUCACUCUUGUUUUACCUAAUGGUCCGUCCCUAACCAGACGGGCCCACGAGACGAACUACAAAAUGUUUGCCCAAAUUCGCCGGAUAAUGCGACUGUAGUAUAAAAACGGCCAGUGCACGAUGGAUUGUAUGUGAUAAAUAAUUACAAGCAACAUAAAAUACCUUAGAGACGUUAACAACCUGCAAGUACCGAAACCUAAUACUACUCGUUAUGACAAGAACUCAGUAAAAUACUUGGCGGCUAUUACUUGGAACAAGAUUUAUGAUACGUUUUAAAAUACCAUCAGUGUAAGGGAUACUGCAAUGAAUAUAAGGUUCACUUUGACUAAUAUAAGUGGUACAAACAUUAUUCAUAGACCCAAUUAUUUCGUUACACGAGAAAUUACGUUCAUAAACGGAUCGUGUGCCAUUUUAUUUUCGAUGAGUUUGUUUUCUGUCUCAGAAAUGAUGCUGUCGAGUCACGUGGCUCAGACCAUCUUUUAAAGCCAGGAAAUGUGAGAUGCCAAAAAUCUUUCUUCGUAAUUUUAUCUGUAUAAGGAUAGGACUAAAUCGUUGUGAAAAUAGUUUUAAAAAAGAAAGUUGGAUUUUUCAGAUAUUUGGAUGUAAACUUUAGCUAUUUUCUCUUAUAUUGCAUAAUCUUUGGUGACGUGGGUGGGCACUGACAUCCCUUGAUUGGCACCUGUCUCUCAAAAUGACUUGAAACUGCCUUUAUCAAUUGACAUAGGAUUGACCUUUAUCUGUGUCGAAGGGGAUUAAAAUUCAUUGUAUCUUGUAACCAGGAGCAGCGUCUAAGUUUGAUGCUUAUUUUCGUGAAAUUUUGAUGAUUAAGGACAAAAAUCCAAGGGGGGUCUGUAACUCCCAAGGGAAUAGUUGGAAAUCAGACUCAUUUUGUCUUUGAGAAUUAUUUGGUGGGUCCUUCAAUCUGACCAAGUUUCAUCCAAAUCGGAGAGAUAGCUUGUGUCACGCCUGCCUGCUCUCAUGGACACAGUCUUAAGGUCUGGCAAAAAAGGGUUUUUUUCUUAUUUUGGGCUACAGUCAUUGGCAAUUUAGGCAAAAGAUUUAAUUCUUAAUUAGGUUCCUAAUUUCUAAGGAGAUAUAGUUGUUGACUACCAGAAAUACAAAGAAACUUGAGUUUGGUCCUUAAAUAUACAGUCGAGUUACUAACAAAUUAACUGUACAUUGCUAACCUCCUUUACGCAAGGUCCAAGAAGACAAUUACAAUCUAUACUUUUCAUAAACAUACCGAUUGGAUCGAUGAUCAAACUCACAGAAAAAGUGCUAUUCGAUUAUGUUGAUUGUGUUCGAUUGCGGAACUCCAUCGAUGGACUGAGUUCGAUUAAGUUCGAUUGAGUUUAACAGCCUGGGAAUACAGCUGUCUCUCCGUGCUCCUCGUCGCUAAGAACGUUUCGCAGGAGGUUUCGUUUCCUGUGAAACGUUCCUAGUGGCGAGGAAAGAGGGGAGACGGCUAUAUUCGCAGACUAGUUUAAUAACAGAACGUUCGGUUGACUACGCUGGAUUUCGAUAGUGUACAACUGAGUGUACUUCAGUACACAAGUGAAAAGAGCUCCUGGUAGGCCCGGGGGGGGGGGGCACUUUAGGAAUUUCUGGGUGGGGAUGUGCCGCUGGGACCCUGGAACCCUUGACCUAUACCAGAGCUAGUUCAGCUGAAUUUUGCUACCCUAUACUAGAGUAAACUCCCAAAAUCCCCCCAUCGUAGGGUAGCUGUUUCCGCAGCCUAGAUAAAAUCUUCAACCAACUGAUCAGUUUCCUGAAAAACGAUACCCUAUUCUAGACCCAAACGCUCUGAUUUAUAUACCCUAUCCUAGAGUAAACUGCUUGAAAACCAUACCCUUCACAGCGGCACACACCCAUAUAGACCAUAUAUGGCAGUACCCCCCCGGGCUGGUAGGUCUUGGUACCCUGGCUCAGCAGAGCAUGAAAGUAGUUUUACUUUAGGCUAUUCCACAGCUCCCUAUAGCAAAACUCUCAUAAAAAGCAGUGGAAGAAAUGUGCAACUACGCCUUUACAGUGUAAAUGCAGUAUGGAGCUGCCGUUCGGCAAGCGAGAGCAAAUCGUUCGGAAACAUGCUCGACGUGAAAUGAUGUGUGUGAUUCAAGGAGGGGGGUGAAUAGGGGUAUGCAAAUCCGUCGAUCCGUUAUGAUUUAUUAACCAAAUCCACCCUUAUAGUAAUUUUCGCCCUGAAUCCGAAAUCCGGGCAAAAAUAUUUGUAUUGCAAGCAAAGUCCAAACUCCGGGCCCAAAAAAUAGAUGAGGCCGCAUUCCGCUGCAGUUGCAGGAUCCAGAAAUCCGUUAACAUCUCGCUUUGAAUCCGAGAUCCGGGCAAAAAUAUUUUCAAAAUCCGUUGAUCCGUUCGCCUAUUCACCCCCCUCUUCAAGAGAGGCGGCUUCAGAUAUCUUUGUUUAAACGGAGUCAACUUGUCCUCAUUCGUAGGCUUUGAGUCAUCUGAAAACUGAACGAGAAUGACAGGGGCGUGGCUGUGGGGGGUCCUGGGGUGCCCGUUAACCCCCCUUGGUAGGCCUUCUUUUGAGCAAACAACCUACAAUAUUUAGGUAGCGAAAACGUCAUGACAAUAUCUCGGCCGUAAAAGCCACUGUUGAAAAGCCCACUUUUUUAAAAUUUGUUUUUUUGUAAAGUAUUUUCGUCAACGGCUCUUGUCUUUAGUUAAUAUGGGCCUUCAUGCCUCGAUAAUACGACUGAGCCCGCUGAUACGUGAGGGAGAGCAGCGGUAUAAACUAUAUAUGAGUAGCCUCUGUGAGCCCCCCUUUCAAGAAUCCUGGCUACGCCCCUGGUCAUUACUUAAUAAAGGCGAAAGUGAUCCCAUGGGAUGAUCAUAUGACGAGAAUUUAGGUUCUGGGUAACAGGUAAAAUCCAAGGAAAUACGACAAUUUUGCAUUAACAGGAGCAAGUUCCUGCUUUAAAAGAUUUUUUUCCCGCUCGAAAGUGAUACUGAAGCAAGGCUCUUGACUGCAGCCAUUGUGAGCAAUUUUAGCGUCGAUCGUGGGACGGCCGGGAAACGUGGCCGUCCACCAUAACGACAUAUACUAAUCUUCAAAUGAUAUGCUAAUCUUCAAGUGCGAUUCAAAUACGACCGAAACAAGGAAGUGGAAGGACGAGAUUCAAACAUUCCGGAACUCAGCCGUCUACUUUCCUAGUAGUCAUGAUCAACAACAGAUUUUUAAAGUAGAGUUACAUCUUUAGAUCAGUAACAUUCUUAAAUGCUAAGGGCUUCUUGAUGUUCAGACUUACAUGGUAAACGCCACAGUUCAAGUGUUUGGAUGACAAUUGACCACUCUAGAAAUACCAUAACAUACGAUAAUGUUCUUUGUUUGUCACCCUAAAAUUUUGCAUAAGCAUUGUUUUCAGUUUCUCUUGGGGCCAUUUUCACUCCCAAGGGAAACUAAAGACAGUGCUUAUGCAAAAUUUUGAGGUGACAAACAAAGAACAUCAUGGUAUGUUGUGGCAUUUUCUGGAGUGGUCAAUUAAAUGUGCUUUGUUUCAUUCCAUGAAACUAUAUAACCAAAUGCGUGGAAAUAAAACUCGCGUAAAGAUUCCUUUUCUUUCUGUGACAGGCACAUAAUGUGGUGCAUUUACUUUAUUAAAAUUUGUUUGCCCAAUAAUUUUGACACGUUUUGGCUUGACUGUUGACAAAGCGGGGAAUCCCCGAAUCGGCCCGAAACAUGACGUACACAUGUGAUGCGUCAACGGGGAGGGGCGUAGAGACAGCUAGCUUAUGACACUUCAGCCAUCAUAAUCAUCGCGGGUUUGCCAUACAAGUGUACUGUAUAUUCAUAUUGCAUGAUUUAAAUUUAAGACGUGUUCGCCCAUAUACGUUGAGUCCUAUGCCUCUGUAAUUAUCUGAUUUAGCUGAACAUAGGACAAAGAGAUCUUCCAGAGGUAAGGGUCUUAAAAACGUUUCAGUAUUUUUUUAAAUAGUUGAGAGAAUCGCAAGACAAAAAUAUUCUGCAUGAUCUAUUAAUUCUUUACUGAUCGCAAACCAGGAGCCACAAACCUGUUUGACUUUUCUUAAAGGUUUGCAUAUAUCCAAGCUGAGCCAAUCGUGUGAAGCAUGGUAGCUAAUUAUCCUAACUUACGUUACAUGAUUUUUGCCAUUGAGUAAUUUUGCGAGAAAUUAAGGACUCUGAGCAAAGUUUAUAGAAGAGAAAUAUUACUUACAUGCAUUACUUGCUGCGGUGCAAGGCAUCCGGAUCAGGAUCAGUGAUCGGACAUCACUCGGAUCAUCCCAAAAGAACGCACGCAAACUAAUCGCCUGAGAAUAUUUAAUCUACAAGCUACUAAGCCCUGACCAAUGGAAUAAAAGGUUGAUGAAAGGUCAGUAAAAAAAGUAGGAACAAAACAACAUCCUGGCUUCCAAAAUACUUUAAUCGUUUCCUUUUAAAUUCUGAGUAGUUUUCGGCGGAAUUUGACACUUUCUUCAGUAACUUUUUAAUUAUCUCUGGAACAAACAAACUGGAGAGAUCGCGCACUUAAAAUCAUGUACCAGAUAUGGCUAUUUUUUUUGGUUUUGUUAACCACCGAGUUAACUAUGUAACGUCCACUAGACCAGAACGGCCCCUUAAUUAGCAGAACCGGAACCUGAACAUCUAAAAUUGUGAGUUUUUUGGAGAACAUCUCUCUAAAUUUCAGCCCGAAUUUUCUUAUAAAAAAGGUUCUUAUAAAAAAAGAGUGUAUUACAAACAAAUUACAAAGGGAUUGUUUUAAACGAAAGUCUUAGCAUAAGAGUUUAAAAAGCAGCUGCUUGAGCACGUGUCCUUUGUGGGCCCUUUGUGGCAGAAAAGAUAAGGCAUUUUGAAGAUGGCUGGAUGCUCAUAAAAUACAACAAAUAAAAAGGAAUUAUAUAUAUAUUGUGACUUUUCCCUCCAAAAUUUCUUUUCCUUGCGGGAUCAAAGGGGUCAAGCAGAAAUUUAUUUUAAUUUUCUACUUACAAAGCCAGCCAUACAAAAAAUUCCCCAUGCAUGUAAACAAGUCGCGGAUUUUUGCCCUUCAUGUGGAUAAGGAAAUAACUCGCACGUGUGACUAUCGUACUUAUCACUUAUAACAUGAUUAUAUUAACGUAUAUUGUACGGUUAGGCCAAUUCUUUAAAACAAAUAUUAUGAUAAUUAACCCAAGUGACCAAAAGCUAGGCCCAGGCAAUCAACAAUUAGAUUUCGUUUACGCGCCCAAUGGGUGCAACAUGAAUAUUAUUAGUGAUACUCUUGUCCAAUCACAUUGCGAAAAAAAGGGAUUUCCCCUUAAUUAAAAAAUAGCAAUGCACUGAAUUCCUUUUCUAAUUUCAGUUCACCAAGAGACCUACACUAAGUCAACCGUAUAAUGUUAAUAUAAAAAGAUGGAGUAAGAUUUAUCAGUCGGAGUUCUGCAGGCUUCUGAUUUCUGAGGUAUGUAAAUUAAGAGUACUGAGGAAAUAGCGUGGACGAAGCUAGAGCAAAAACUUGAAAAUGUAUUGACCACCGAGAGCUUGGAUGAGUGAUUAAAGCAAUGUAUGCUGGCUAUUUUUUCAAGUAUCAGCAAGUAUGCUUCAGGCAAAAAACUUUUUGAAUCACCUGUUGCAUCAACCAAACGCCUUCAAACUACAAUCUUGGACAAAACAAAAUGGAACAGCAAACCAGCCCCCCCCCCCCUUCCCAAAUCAAGGAUGAAGCCGCGCAAGAACCAAAACGCACCAUUUUCCCAUCCUUGAUUUUGUCCAAGAUUGUAGAUAGCAACAUUAAUAAAGGUUCAUCUAUAAUAUACUGUGAAAUCGAUCAAGUACGAGGACAUUACUGAUUCACCGAACAAUCAGGUUUCUCCUACAGCCGGUGUUUUGUCAUGUGGACGAGAAUUUCAGCAGCGCACGGCAGAGAAACUAUUACGCACCAUGUCGGUGUUUACUUUCUUUUGUGAAAUCAAAACUGUUUUUUUCUUGUAUUCACUGAAUGAGUGGUUUUGAGGUUAUUGGCUAAUUUUUGCUUUGUCCCCGUGGUGCUCUGUGGGGCCGGGAGGGGGAUAAAGGUGGAUGCCCCUGAUUUCCGCUUUACAAACGCUGGACUUUGGAAGAAACGCGCGGUUGGCGAGCUAACGGCUCGGAUUUUGUGUCCAGCGGGUUGCUCAGUCUCAACGUGGUAAAAGAGAGCCCUUCGAUGAAGUUUAUCUGUAGUUUAUCGCUUGCAGGGUCGCAACGCAAACUUUGUGCCACCGUUUUGUGUUUAUAACAAUCAAGGUAAGAGACACUUUACUUAAACUGCAUCAUGUUUUUGCUUAUUGCAAACAUGCCACAUGUGAGGCCCUCUAAAGCACUGUUACUGCUGAUCACUGCCGCGGAAAUAAUGAGUAUUGAUGAAUGAAAGAUUGGAUGAAUGGGUCGAGUGGGGGUUGGGAAGCGACCGUAUCAACUUUUAGUCUAGUGUUUAUAUAAAACCAAGCCUCGUUAUACCACUGUUUGUGAAGUUCUGUUUUAAUUUAAAAACGUAAAGUCAUGUUUUGGAGUAAUUCUUGGUGGGUGUGGUUGAAGAGGAGCACGGGUGAAAAUAUUGUAAAACGUCAUUGCUUUUUAAUCAUUCACGACUUGCCUCCGACUGACCUCUUAGCUGACAGUCAGUAGAGCAAAUCUAAUUCCUCGAAGGUACGAUUUCCACCGGAGUUCUAAGAUUUUUUGUCUUCGCCGGUACCUUAUUCCCUUUGAUUUGUAUUAUAUUUUCUGCCUGUUAUUUUCACAGAUUAGCGAAGACAGUGCAAAGUGUGAUAGGUGUAAAAGGAAAAUGUCUGCUUAUUUCUGUGCUAUCUGCGAGCAUUUUACUGAUGUGGACAAGAAUCCGUACCAUUUUGAAAAAUGUGCAAUUUGCGGGUAGGUCAACCAGGUAGAGAAGAUUUUACGCAGAGUGACUAGCACACUACAACUUUAAGCGAGACGAGGAGCGGCCCCGUCUUUCAUUUUUAUUGUUUUGGCACUGAAAAUUGUAAUUUUGAUAUACAAAUAUUGAUGCUGUGAAACCUUACCUAUCACGAACACCUUUGUAUAAAAAGGCAUAGGCACAUACGUUUAACUACAGCGCUGAUGCUUUGCCCACUAAUGGCAGAGCCUAGGUAUUGUAGGCUGGACGCACAGUUGUCAUUAGUGGUAGAAACAGGGCAAGUUGACAGGACUUAAGACGUUUUGUCGUUUUGCGAUUAGGAGAGGGCUUAACCUCCUUUAAUAAUCAUACCCUUAACUUUUUAGAUGAAAAAAGGUAAAAUGAAACUUUUCAGAGUGUAUAUAUAUUGUAUUUAUACUACGCGAAAAAACUUCAAACCAAAUUUCGCCAUGAGAAGUCGUCGUUGUUCUCGAAUCUGCAAGGCCCUGGCACAGAGAAUGAUACCAAACGGCCUGUAAGUCAUUAGGUUACUUAUUGAGUAAAAUGGCUAAAACACGUCUUUCUUUAAAAAGCUAUUCUCUAUAAUUAAUACCCCUGCAAAGAGGAACUGCUUUGGUAGGAAGGCAAGGUAGUCGAAACAAAUAGCCCUUGUGUGUUUACGUGAGACCUCUCCAAAUUUCACAACCAAACCUUGUUCUGAAAUGGUAAACUUUUAAUUAGAGAUUUCUCGAUAGGAAUUCCUGCUGCUGUUUAGCCUGCGAGCAGGCUUACUUGUGUGAAUUCGGGGAAAUUUUUGGUGAAAGAGCCGCCUUCUAGCGAGGAAAAGUGAUCACCUUAACAGACCACCUUCAUACCUCUCAGCCGUGUGAGACAAGUGUCUCAAAUAGGCUACUGAAUAUGCUUUAAUAGUCCAAAUUUAGAAUCCUCUCGCUUAUAAUAAUCUACCCGUUAGAACGAGAGCUGUUAUUUGGACUAAGCGCUAUUUUCAUAUGAGGCAAAAGUAGUGAAAGCCUACCGAGGCAUAGCUCGUAUCACCAAAUCAAAACUUCAAAAUAAUUUUCAGUUAUUCAGUUGAAAGCAAGAAUGUUUGACCUUAUACAAAUCCAAAAUCCCAGGAAUAUCCGGCCACUUCUGACGCGACGCGAGCACGUUAGAAAAAUACUAAAAUUGGCUCAUAAUUUCAAAUUUAGGUCAUCACAAAGAUUUUGGGUAGCCCUCUUAUCCUCAUAUUAAUUCACACUUAAUUUUCCAUUUCUUUACUGUUCCUUGCCUACGGCAGCAUUUCUACCCUUAAGGUAUACUAGUAUACAACUAUCCCCCGAAGGGGAUGUGAAUAGUGGUGUUCACCGACCCUGAGGCCUAGGGGGAUAGUUGCUUUAGCAUUUAACAAAUCAGUUGAAUACAACUUUUGUUUAAAUGAAAAACGUCAUCAUAGUAGGAAGUUUGUUCACAAUUUACAAACAUUUCGGGGAUCUUGUCAAGGGCGUUUUUACGAUUUUGUUACAAAUUUAGCAAGAAAAUAAUUUUCUCCCUACCAGUAAACACCCACAAGCUGAAGUCUGUCGCUUUUGUCGUAUUUGUUUAUACAACUGCUCCAUUUAUUGCUCAAACUUUCGUCUCCCGAUAAUUUCUUCAAACGAGACGCCAUCUUGGCUCCAGUCGGAAAACAGUGAAUAGCCAAGGAUAUUCCGAGUUACGGGAGCCAAACAAAUCGCGCGAAAAUUGCUAUUAACAGCUGAUUUGGUAAAUACUAAAGGUUGUUAAUCCGCUUUACUCAGAAAGUGUUUGGUUCUACCCCAGUUAGGAGAGUUGUCGAAUUUUUUUUCCCGAGUCGCUGCUCAUUCUAGACUGACUUUGAAUUCUUUCUUUUUCCUUUGUUUUUGCCCUUAAUAGAACAAACAUUGACCACCUGUCUCAAUCACGAGAACGAAAUGUGGCAAACCCAGCUUACCAAAGGUAUCAGGGUAAGCAGGGAGUACAGCGGUCUGGUAUUGAAAAUCCGGGGAAUGGUCUGGCUGACUGGUUCGUAAUCAAACACACCAAGGAUCAAGUGUUGUUGCGCUAUUUGCUUUCAAAAUACGGUUUUAAGGCUGCGGAUGCAACACAGGUAGGUAUAACUAAAAACAAGGGAAAAUUGCCGUUUUACUGUGUGUGACCUGCGGUCGUCAAGGCUAUAACUGUACAAAUACAAGGCACCAGGUCAUUACCCGCGGGAGUAGCAUGGUUUUUCCCUCUUAACGUCUGGCAAUUCAGAGCUAAGGUAGAGAAGGUAGUGCUCGUCCACAACUCAUUUUUUGUUUGUUUGUUUGAAUCUUUUUUUUUUCUUUUUGACGAAUUUGGCGACUCUGCGAGCGAAUCGAGCGCGAGUAGAAAGAAAGGGAAAAAAAUCUAUUUUCUUCUUUCUUCAUCCUUCGCGGGUGAAUUUUGUUUAUUUCCAUACCCUUUUUCUGAUAUGAAGAAUCCAAGUCCUGAAAUUUUUCUUGAAAUUACGGAGUUUCACUCCUUCAUUGUUAAAGACUUUCGAGACUCAUUUUAUAUUCAGGGAAAGGUUUUGCUUGAAAUCCUACUCAAACUGGAAUAAUAAACUUAUGUUCGGAAUUAGUUUCAUAACUUCAGUGUCAAAAAAUGUUUCUCCCUGUUUUCUUUCCAGAAAAGCAAUCCACAACUUACAGGAUCAAGUUCUUCAACGUGA